CUGUCCUCUCUCACCCCCCCACCACCACCACCAAUGGCCAAUUUCAAGAUCACUAGUUACGCCGGCGUACUGGUGGAAAACAGCAAGCUUGACUUCCAAAGCUUGUAUUUGCGCAGGAUCAUUUCUGGGGAUAAGAAAAACCAGUAUGUAGUGAUAGAUGGAUUUGGUACUACUGACCUUGGUCUCACAACCAUCAACGACUGGGCAAUAUAUGAUGGUGUGGCCCCUGGCGCAAAGCUAGUCGCUCGUGCAAAAGGCAUGCGUAUGAAUGCUGCUGGCUGGUGCAAUUUAUUCAUCAUAGUGUUCGAGCUUGACAGGUUCAAAGGAUCCACGCUUGAGGUAAUGGGAGCAACUACUGAUGAACAAGGGGAAUGGGCUAUUGUUGGUGGGACUGGUGACUUCACUAUGGCGCGUGGUGUCAUCCAGAGAAAAAUACAUCAAAAAGAAGCUGAUGGAGAUGUAUUAGAGCUUACUAUCGAUGCAUUCUGCCGCAUGAAGGUGAGUGCUUCUACUACUUCCGACACCGCCAACCAGGCGCAGUCCAAGAGGGCGCCAGCUCCUCACAUGUUCCGGGAGAUUGUUGCCGGGGAGAAGGUCACCAAUGUAGCUGCACUGGAAGAUCAGGUUUCCACCGGGAUCUUCUUGACUGGGAAAACAAAGAAGUACUGGGUGGAUGAGAGGACUAGGCACAACUGCUUCAUGCUGUUCCCCAGAGGCCUGGCCAUCACUUGGAGCGAAGAACCCCAAUACUGGACUUGGCAACCCCUGAAAGAAGGAAGUGCUGCCGAAGCUGGAAUCGAGAUGGUGGCGCUGAAGAACGUCUGCUGGUUGGAGGUCCAAGGGAAGCUGGAACUGCCCCAUCUCACACCAGGAGUCACCUAUGAGGUUUUCUUCGAGGUGAUGCUCGACGAUACGGCCUACGGGUGGUCGACGCCGGUGAACUUCCGGCUCAAGUUCCCCGACGGGACGAUCCAGCAGCACAAGGAGAACCUGCAGGAGAAGCCCAGGGGGGAGUGGCUGCAGGUCAAGGUUGGGGAGGUUAAGCCACACAAUGGGCAGAAUGGAGAGGCAGAGAUCUCCAUGAUUGAGUCUGAUGGUGGGCAGUGGAAGAGGGGGCUCCUCAUCAAGGGCAUCAAGAUCAUCCCAAAAGAAUGAAUGGCUUGGUUGUGUUCUGUUACCAACCAUCGUUGGCUGCUGUUUGUCAACUGCCCUAGCCCCCCCUAAGAUCAGUUUGAUGCAUGGGAAUAAUAUUUUCAGUGAUAUAAAAAUUCAAGAGUUCUGAAUGAAUUUUAUGUGGUCAUUUAUUAAUUUAUUUUGCAAAUUAUGUCUUCAAGAAGUUGCACUAGAAAGAAUAUGAGAUCACUUUCCUUGGUUGCUAUAAACCUCUAAGUACUGGUUAUCUGACUACAAAAAGACUAUUUAUUCAGUGCUGCACUAACUUCUGUU